CACACAUCUAAGAUAACAAACAACUUAUAGUUUUCCAUGGCAGUCUCAACACAUCAUCAUGUGAUUCUCUUCCCUUACAUGUCAAAAGGCCACAUCAUCCCUCUCCUCCAAUUCGGUCGUCUCCUCCUCCGUCACCACCGCAAAGAACCAACCAUCUCCUUCACCGUCACCGUUUUCACCACUCCCAAGAACCACCCUUUCGUCUCAGACUUCCUCUCCAACACCGAGGAGAUCAAAGUCAUCUCUCUCCCUUUCCCGGAAAACAUCACCGGAAUCCCUCCCGGCGUCGAGAGCACCGACAAGCUCCCUUCAAUGUCACUUUACGUCCCCUUCACACGCGCCACGAAGCUUCUCCAACCUUUCUUCGAAGAAACACUCAAGAACCUUCCAGUUUCGUUCAUGGUCUCCGAUGGAUUUCUUUGGUGGACAUCGGAAUCCGCAGCUAAGUUCAAGAUUCCUAGAUUGGUCUUUUACGGUAUUAACUCUUACGCCUCUGCCGUCGUCAGCUCUACUUUCCAACACAAACUCUUUACCGAACCGGAAAUUAAAUCUGAUACCGAACCGGUCACUGUACCGGACUUUCCAUGGAUCCAUGUUAAGAAGUGUGAUCUCGACCAUGUUCUUACCGAUCCAAAACAAUCAGGUCCUGCUCACGAACUAUUCGUAGACCAAAUGAUUUCGACCACCACAAGCCAUGGGUUUUUAGUCAAUAGUUUCUACGAGCUCGAGUCAGCAUUUGUUGAUGACAACAAUAACCUCUCUGAUAGACCAAAGUCGUGGUGUGUUGGGCCACUGUGUUUGACAGAUCCUCCUAAAUCGGUGGGUGCUAAACCGGCUUGGAUUCAUUGGUUGGACCGGAAGCGAGAAGAGGGGCGUCCGGUUUUGUACGUGGCGUUUGGAACGCAGGCAGAGAUAUCGGACAAGCAGCUCAAGGAACUAGCUUUAGGCUUGGAAGAUUCCAAGGUGAACUUUCUGUGGGUCACGAGAAAAGACGUGGAAGAGAUUAUUGGAGAAGGAUUCAACAAUAGAAUAAGAGAGAGUGGGAUGAUAGUGAGAGAUUGGGUGGACCAAUGGGAGAUAUUGUCACAUGAAAGUGUCAAAGGAUUUUUGAGCCAUUGUGGAUGGAAUUCAGCUCAAGAGAGCAUAUGCGUUGGGGUCCCAUUGCUGGCUUGGCCGAUGAUGGCCGAUCAACCACUCAAUGCGAAGAUGGUUGUGGAGGAGAUAAAGGUCGGAGUAAGAGUUGAAACGCAAAAUGGUAGUGUGCAAGGAUUUGUGACAAGAGAUGAAAUAAGUCGAAAGGUUAAAGAACUAAUGGAAGGUGAAACGGGAAAAACCGCAAGAAAGAAUGUGAAAGAAUACUCAAAAAUGGCAAAAGCAGCUUUGGUCGAAGGGACUGGUUCGUCUUGGAAGAAUUUAGAUUUGCUUCUUAAGGAGUUAUGCAAGAGUAAAGAGCCAAACGGUGAGUGAUUGAGGAUUGGAUAACUGAACCGGGUUUAGAUUAAAACCAAUAUCCAUUAUGUAUGUUAUUUGAUCUUGAAUAAUUGGUUUAGUUGAAAAGUUGAUUAAGACCAGCUUAACCGGUGGAAUAAUGUACUGUGAUCUUUUAAUAAUCGACUUUUUAUUCG